AUGCAGUUACCUCCUGGCUAUUACUCUCGGGUUUCUCCUCUUCCACCUAAUGCUGUUUGUCGUCUUCAUAAGUCUUUGUGUGGGCUUCGCCAAGCUUCUCGCCAAUGGUUUGCUAAGUUUUCAUCUACAUUAUUACAGCUUGGUUUUCAACAGUCCCAAUCUGAUAAUUCCUUGUUUGUCAAGUCUGAUGCUUCUUUUUUUACUGCUAUUUUGGUGUAUGUUGAUGACAUCAUAGUGGCAUCUAACAACCCUUCUCAUGUUCAGACUCUUACUGCUGUAUUAAAUGAUACAUUUCGUCUUAAGAAUCUGGGCAAUUUAAAAUUUUUUCUUGGUAUAGAGGUAGCUCGAAGCACCAAGGGCAUCACCAUUUGUCAAAGACAGUAUGCUCUACAAAUUCUCAAGGAUUCAGGUUAUUUGGGUUGCAAGCCUCGAAGCACCCCUAUGGAUGUUGGUCUUAAACUCUCCUUAAAUUCUGGGGAAUUGAUCCCUGACCCUGCUAUCUAUCGAAGGCUGAUUGGUCGUCUCAUUUAUCUCACCAUUACUCGGCCUGAUCUUUCUUAUGCAGUGAAUCAUCUUAGCCAGUUUAUGGCUUCUCCUCGUCUCCCUCAUUUACAGGCUGCUUAUAGGUUGCUUGGUUAUUUGAAACAAACAAUUGGGCAGGGUCUGUUCUUCUCUUCAUCUUCUCAUAUUCAUCUCAAUGCUUUUUGUGACUCAGAUUGGGCAACCUGCCCUGAUAGUAGACGUUCGGUUACUGGUUACUGCAUUUUUAUUGGUGAUUCUUUGGUAUCAUGGAAGUCCAAGAAGCAACCGACUGUGUCUCGUUCUUCCACCGAGGCUGAGUAUCGUUCCAUGGCCAAUGUCACUUGUGAGUUGCUGUGGAUUUUAUCGCUUCUUAAGGACCUUCAUGUUCUUCAUUCUGCUCCAGCUCAUCUUUUCUGUGACAACCAGUCUGCCUUGCAUCUUGCGGCCAAUCCUGUUUUCCAUGAACGGACAAAACACAUUGAAAUUGAUUGUCACCUUGUUAGGGAGCACAUUCUCAAGGGCCAUUUGAAGACUUUUCCCAUCCCUUCUAAGCAACUUGCAGACAUUCUCACCAAACCCUUACUGCCUUCUCAAUUUUCUGUUUUGUUAUCCAAGAUGGGAGUUUUGAACAUUUACUCUCCAUCUUGA